AGGACGAAAUUUUGAAAGCUGCCAUCCGAACCACGCUUUCGGAAUCUGUCCACUCUAUCAAUCAUUCAACGGCCAAUGCAUUGAAUGGGAACAAGAGCUUUGGUUGUCCAACCAUAGAGCAUUCUUUGACUUGGUCUCAUUCAAUUUCAACGAAGGAAACUUAGUACUUGUACCAUUGUCUCGCUUGUCGGUCCAUCCAUCAUCCAUCAACGACAAUGCUCCUGGAUACUUCGACCUCUGCGAUACCGCGCACUGCUCAUGGCGGACCUCCCGUCGAGAGCAACAAUAAAGCCAUGAUGAGUGCUUCCAAGAAGAAAAAAAGCACCUCGCAAUGGACAUUGAUUAUCCGAGCCAUCAUCCUCGAAGGACCCGUGGUGUUGCUCUUUGCGGCCUUGCUAUCGGUAGCACUGGUACAACGUGUGUAUGGGACGUAUGUGGUUCCCAUUGUCGAGUCUUACCGGCGCAGCGAAAUGGUCGGCGAUUUCUACCCUGACUAUGCCAAUGAUUUCACGUACUACAACCGCCAUUGUGGACCGAAGGAUCUCUCGACACGAUCCUCCAAUGAUCUUCUCAUUCAAGAACAUUACACGGGAACGGAAGCGGCCGAUGUUAUGUUGGAACAUGGUGCCGUGGCGUUUCAGAAUGCAUUGAGUAACGACACUGCCACGGAGCUACGGGCGUACUUGGCCUUGAAACACCACAACAAACAAAAUCUCUCCUACAACGAGGUCUUUUGGGAGGAACAGAAUCGAUUGUCAUUGGGAAUCGGAACGAACGAUCAUCCAGCCAUUGCAAAAGCCAUGAAGGAGAUUGGAAACCAUCCUGUCAUCAAGCGUACAUUGGAGGGAAUCUUGGGACCUGAUCCGGCCAUUGUGGAAAUCUCCACAUUGACGUCGUUGAAUGGAGCUCAUGAUCAAGGGAUUCACACAGAUUCCGAUUGGUUUGGGUCGUCUCUGCUGUACUCAAGGACCUUUCUGCAUUCCUAUUCCAUGUUUGUUGCGCUGCAGGAUACCAGCAAGGACUUGGGAGCAACGACAGUGUGCCCUGGAUCACACUUCUGUGCGGACAAAGAUCUAGAAGAGCUUUGCCUGGAGCACGGUGCCUUUGAGGUUAGCACCAAUGGGCACACCGGUGAACACGGUCUCUUGCGCAAGGGCGAUGCGUUCCUCUUUAAUCAAAACAUCUGGCACCGAGGUCCAAAGAAUGUCGACCCUGAUGGAUUGGAUCGUAUCAUGUUCAUCAUGACGUUUGCUACUGCCAAGGAUGACUCUUCGGAUCAUCGGAUACAGGGAUUGGGAACUUACUACUAUCAAAGGUUUAACAUGUGGGGAGCCACUUUCUCCAUGCUGAAAGAUGCUACCAAAACCAUGGUUCAACCAUUGGCUGGACUACGAGCUUUGGGGUUCAUCCCCACCCGAGGGGUGACUUGGAUUCAACAAUUUGCCCAUCAAUUUGCAAACGGAGAAGAAUUCUAUGCUGACUACGAGCUGGAAGACUUUGUAGAAAAGAUUCUGAAUGCCAACAAUGUGCCCAUGUUUCUGAGAUCAACCUCUGAUCGAUGGGCUAAGUUCAUUCCAGAAAUGCUGUCUAUUGGUGUUGAGUAUCUUGCAGCAUUGAAUGGAUGUGCCCUAUUCUUCUAUGCAGUGGGAUUGGCAUUGUGCGCAGCAGUCAGUCCGACUCCUGUUGGGGUACGGCGUUCAGUGACCCGACUUGGCUUGAUUGUGAUGCUGACAGCUGGCACGAUCGGAGCAAUAUCUUGGUACUUUGAUCAAACGGAGCUGGCACAGUCAGUCAUAUCCGAAGCUGUCUUUGCUGAGCCCUUCCCAGAGCCGCCAACGGAACCAUCCAAUCCGAAGUCUAUUACCUUUCCAGAACGAAACGAUGUCUUGAUAUCCACAAGAUUCGACGCCAAGUUCCUAGCUUCAUUCAACCGGUUUCUGAGUUUUCAUCCAGGAAACCGAGUUUGGGAGAAAUAUGUUGCUGACGCUGCUUUGUUGCCUGCCAGCUUAUUGGACCUGGCAGCCCAAAAAAUUGUUCGAGAUAUUGGCCAAAUCUACGAAGUCGGUCUUGCAUCCAGGUUUCUUCGGCAGGAUCAUCAAACUGGAGCUUGGCUCAUCAUGUCCCAAAAAGAAGCAGUGGAGGAAUCUGUCCAAGCCAUUGUGAGAACCAAACACCCACUCAUCGGGCAUCUUACACAGGAGCUCAAAUAUAUGCUUGCUGAUGCCCGCUUUGGUAACCACCGUGGUACGGCCAUGGCUACCAUGUCAGAAGAACUUUUGGCUCGUGAGUGGCUGAGCACAUUGUAUGGGAAACAACGCUCCUCAUCAGACACGACAACCCAAGCAACCAAGAACAACAAGUACCAGCAGUUUCAGAUUGACCAUGCAAAUCUCCAUAUUCGAAAGGGCCGUCAACUGUUGCAAUUCAGGAGACGAACGCAACGUAGUCCCACCGAAUAUCUCAAACUUCGUGUGGUGGAGCAGCGUUCUCGCCACCAUGAUGACAUGAUCGCCGUAGGCGAUAAAGUCUGGGUCUAUGGCGACACGUGGUAUGAAGGUAAACUUAUGGAUGUCCUGGAUGAUUCGGAUGGGAUCUGCGUAGUAUAUGUGUACAAUAGCGGUUCCUAUGAAGAAGUGCAUGCCGACGAUAUUCGAAGCUACAAUGUAUUCAAGAUUGGAGACCGAGUCGACGUGGAUUAUCAUGGCACUUCUGAGGAGUUUUACCCUGGUGUCAUUACAAACAUUCAUCCAGAUGGAACUUGCAGCGUGAGAUUUGAUGAUGGAGAACACACUGCCAUUGGUCGAGAGUAUCUCUUGCAUUUCGAGGAAAGCUAGCUAUUGGAUGAUCUUAUCUAUUCAAGCAUUCAAGCUACCGGACCUGAUUCCGCUAAGCGCUACAGUAACCCACCAGCGGACAAAAUCUAAGGAAGCAAUAAAUUGUGGCGCAUUCCAGCUAUGAUUUGGUCGGUGGGCGACAUUACAUAAAUGAAAAUAAGCUUAUAGUUACUUAGACGAUGUACCGUUGGCUCACAUUUCGGCUGCCAAGA